UGGCAGAAUCGGUGGUCUUUGACCAGCCGCAAAUAUAUAUUAUUUGGUAAAAAGUUUAAAUUAUUUAAAUAGUGAUUUGUAGUGUAAUGUAGUGUGAUGUGGCGUAGCCUUGUGCUAUGGCGUUGGAGCGUUAGAAAUUAUUUUUUGCUGCCGUAAUAGAUUUGGGGCAUUGUGUAUGCCGCCGCUAUAUAUUUGGGGCAUUGUGUAUGCCGCCGUGAUAGAUUUGGGCAUUGUGUAUGCCGCCGUGAUAGAUUUGGGGCAUUGUGUAUGCUGCCGUUGACUUGUUGGGGUGUUUGGUUAAUUUCCUACACUGCCGUUAAUGACAAGUCCUUAGUGUAGAUUGUGUUGAGAUAUAUAUAGUAUUGUUGUUGAAUAAUUAUUUGCACCUUAUAGACUAAUUAUAUGAUAAUAGAUUUUAUGUGCAUAUUAUUUGUGUGCUCGUUGUGUGUUUGUAUUUUCUAACACUUGUUCCAGAGGUAUUCAGAGUGGCGGGUUGAUGAUCUUACUGGGUUAUAUUUACGUAUAACUCACUCCUUACCUGCAUGUCCAUGCAGAUACUAUUGGUAAAGACGGAGCUAGUAGCCGACGAGUUCGCUAGAGUUGAUUCAGUUAUUGAGGUGAACCGCCGCGUUGUUCGUGGAGGCUGUCCAAGGAGUCUUUAUCAUUUAUUCAUAUGAGGUCUUUUGUAAUUCUCUUAGAUGCUCCAUGGUCUAGUGUGGGGUUUGGGCUAGAGUUUUAAUCUAAUAUUUUGAGAUAUUAAUUAUUCGUAAUAGGUAUUAUAUUAUUUGGAUACUCAUUUAAUUAAUCAAAUGCUGCAAAUUAAUAGCUAAGGUAAGAUAGUAUGGUUCGCCCGGUAGGUGGUGUUAGCUGGGUGCCAGUCACGUCUAAGUGGUAGUUUGGGACGUGACAAAGUUGGUAUCAGAGCGUAGGCUUUAAGUUCUGGGUCAUGGAGCAGUGCUUGGUAGAGUCUUGUUCAUGGGUAUGUAGACGUCCAUGCUUAUGACCUUGAGGCUACUGAACAUCUAGGAUGUUGCCCAUUCUUUCAUUCCUCAUCCGUGCCUUAAGUUGAAUCAAAUUGAACCACAAUAUAUUCUUUCGCAUGGUAGAACACACAUAUCCUUCUCUGUUGGAUAACACUGAAAGUUUGAAAGUAGUGAUGAAAUUAUGAGUUGCCUUAGGUGCAUGGGAUAAUAUGUGCAUCAGAAUUUUUUGGGAUUGGAAAGUUUAUAAAUUUUAGGAUAAUUUUAUUUCGAAAGAGACUUAUGUCAAAUUAUAUUUAAAAGCUUGGGAGUUAGCUAAUUUCUUUUUUAAACGUUGAGAAUCCGUGUGAAUGGUGAAGUGGCCUAAAGAUAUUGUUGUGCCUGAGAGUGAUUUCUUCCACAUUUGAGAUUGUGGACACUACUCUCCAUCAUAAGUUUGAUCGAAAGAGAGAAAGAGUUAAACAUGAAAGUAAAAAGUACAAUAACUUAACCAUGUCUACGCGGUUAGACUUAGUAGUGAAAGACAUUUUGAGGAACAUACUUAUAUAAUGUAUGGUUAAUGUCUCUUGAAGUGAUUUGCUAUUAUUAGUGAUAUUGUGAAGGUGAUAUUAUAAGUGUAACUUUGGCGUGAGUAUACAUGAUUCAAGUUAAUUGAGUAUGAGUAUAAUAGUGGGCAUUACGUGAUGCACAACAUGUUCAUGAUAGACCGUGGAUGAAUUCUAGCCUAUGAGAGAGUAUAAGACCUAAGUAUAUGGCUUAAUGCGCUAAUAAAGUAAGAAGUUGAGUACGAAACUUAGUAGCUGUUAAAGUAAGGACAAAACAUGGAGUAUUAAAACUGUCACGCACUAUGAUAAAAAAUGGAUGAACCAUACAAAAAGUUUGAGUACUUAAAAUAAAAUUAUAUGGCUAUCCCCGGGAAAAGAAAUUAGUUUGUACCGACUCUAUUAACACAUAAAGUUGUGUUUGGUAAAGCCUAAAGUCGAAGAACGUGAGCAAUACAAUAAUGAGAUGACAUUGUCUAUAAGAAUAAAAAGAGGGCUAGAGUAAUCAGAUGUACCAGUUGUGGUUUUGAACCGAAGGGUUAGUUUACUCUUAUUGAACAAGCUAUCGAACAUGUGUGGAUAAUAUUGAUGGCAAAAGGUAGUCAAAAGGGUCAUACACAAAGUUAACGACGUCUGGACUAGUUCUGAAUAUAUAUAUAUUUUUUUUGCACUAUACGUAAGCUUCAACUAUUGUUUACAUGUAUAUUAUGCGAGCUCCAUGAAAUUUAAAUAAUACAAAGGACCAGCCAUAUGGGAUUUUAAUGAUGCCUUGCUAGGGGGUCAUGCUUUAUUUUUAUUUUAUUUUUUUUUUUUUUUUUUUUUUUUUUGUAGAAAGAAAGGUUUCUGGGUUAAUUGACAAGCAUUUCACUAGGAAUUAUUAUCAAGAAAUGUUGAACAUGGCAUUAACCUUUUCCAAUGCAGCAAAUACAACUAAAAAAAAAGUUCUUAGGAGAGGUUGAAGGCUUAAUUUUUUCACAAAGUGCUUGCAUAUUAAAAGUGGAAUAACCACAAGAAUUGUAAUUCUUGCUUCUAUUUCAAGGAUCCAACUAAAGAACGGAGAGACCGUAGCUUAAGGGUGACAUAUGGAUGGCAUUAUGCCUGCUAAGCCCCUGAAAUGUGGGAUAUUACAAUCGUCUUUAUUUGAGCAUUCAAUAUCAUGAGAGUCCCGAUCUUACUGGAGGAUUGUAGUCGGCUUUUAAAGGCAAAGCCUAGUAGGGUCAAAUGUGUGUACACAUGUGGUGGGUGAUUUGAGGAGAUGUGUACUCGACAAUACAUUCAAGAUCUAUAGUUUUAUAUUGGGAUCAUAGAAAGAGAACUAAAUGAUUGAGGGUGUUACAAAAGAAAAAAAGGGUUGCUUAAGUGAAGGUGUUGUGGCGUAAUCAUCCGGACAAGUAAGCAAAGCGGGAGUCCGAGGCAGACAGGAAAAUCAAGUACCCGCUUUUCUUGGAGAAAGUCAUGCACAUUUUCUAAAUCGUUCGAGGACGAACGCUAAUUUAAGUGGGGAAGAAUGUAAUAACCCGAUAUUUUUAUAAUAAAGAGAGAGUUAGUAAGUACCUACGCCUAAGAGAGUUAGUAUUUAUUUAAAUGUCUAGUGGGUUGAAUUUAUAAAUAUACAAUUAGUUAGCCAUUUAAAAGACUUAAAAAAAAAACAAAUUACAUUGGUUAAGAAUGGGCCAGGCCCUACCAUUUAUUAUUAGCCACAUGAGAUGUCUAGGGUAAAGAGUAGGAUAAAUACAUGUACUUGGUUUAUUUAAGAAAAAAGGCACACAGAUGAGUGCCCUUCGGAAAUCUGCGACGACGGCAAUGCUGGAGGGUAUGGAGUAUUGCUAAUAGAUUUAUAUUAGUCUUACAAUCAUUAUUUGAAGGGUUAAAGAAUUACAAAGUGUAUUAUUUUGUUUGUCGAGCAAUUCAACAAGAAGCAUCCGAGGCUAUGUUGGAAUUUCAGAAACCAUGAAGAACGUGAAUUCAUGGUGCCAAACAUUUGAAUUCUUGAACAGUGGACACUUAAGGGAAUGCUACAAAAAUCCCUAUGAUAUAUUUUGGAUAUUUGUGGCAAUAUGAAUAAAACAUUGGGACUGACAUGGAGAUCGAGAUCACCUGAGGCACAAACCGAAAAUCAUCAGUUUUGCUUCCUUUAAGAUUAUAUGGUUUUGAAGACUCAUAGAACUGGAAGAAGUGAAUUGGAGCUAACCUUUGAUAUUAAGGCAGUUGGAGGUUGUCCGGUUGGUGUUGUUAACGUUACAAGACUGGAAAACUUAUUGUUUCGAGAUACUAUUGGUAAAGACGGAGCUAGUAGCCGACGAGUUCGCUAGAGUUGAUUCAGUUAUUGAGGUGAACCGCCGCGUUGUUCGUGGAGGCUGUCCAAGGAGUCUUUAUCAUUUAUUCAUAUGAGGUCUUUUGUAAUUCUCUUAGAUGCUCCAUGGUCUAGUGUGGGGUUUGGGCUAGAGUUUUAAUCUAAUAUUUUGAGAUAUUAAUUAUUCGUAAUAGGUAUUAUAUUAUUUGGAUACUCAUUUAAUUAAUCAAAUGCUGCAAAUUAAUAGCUAAGGUAAGAUAGUAUGGUUCGCCCGAUAGGUGGUGUUAGCUGGGUGCCAGUCACGUCUAAGUGGUAGUUUGGGACGUGACAGAAAACCCCCAUUAUAUUUACAUUUUGCAUAUACAAAUUUUAAACCUUCUAAAAUAUAAUCAUAAAUCUUAAAAACUUUAUGGAUUACAUAUUUUCUAGUUCUGUGCUAGGAUCACAUAAUAAAAAGCUAAAAGGGAAGAAGAAUAAAACAGUUAGGAACAACAUUCUAAUUUUCACAAUUGAUGCAGCAAAGAAAUCCAAUAGCAAGAAUGAAGUACAUGAAGCUGAAUAUGGCGGUGGAGGAUACCCUGGCGGUGGUGGUGGAAACCCUGGCGGCGGAUACCCUGGCGGUGGUGGUGGAUACCCUGGUGGCGGAUACCCUGGAGGUGGUGGCCAUGGUGGUGGUGGACGCGGUGGUGGUGGACGUGGAGGUGGAGGACGCAGUGGUGGUGGACGUGGAGGUGGCGGACGCGGUGGAGGAUACUGCCGCUAUGGUUGCUGCGGCCGCCGGAAUUAUUAUGGUUGCUGCGGCCGCCGGAAUUAUUAUGGUUGCAGCAGGUGCUGCUCCUACAAAGGUGAGGCCAUCCAUGGAUAAGGUCACUGAAGCUUUGUACUUGUAAGAUGUAAUAGUAUUAAUAUUCUUGCAGUUUUAGAGCUUGUUGUAACAAGUUAUGAAUAAAAUUAAGUCAUCAUUUAAUAUUUGUGUUAAUUAUACAAUGCUGUGAUAAUGUUUUCCCUUUUGAGCAU